AAAAAAAAAAAAAAAAAAAAAAAGGCAUUUCAUUCCGUUUCCUAUUUAUCUACAUUUUCUUUUUCGAUCAUGCUCUAUUCAAAGCCAUGUCAUCGCUCUAUAUCAGCCAUAAGACGACGAGCUUUUUCAGCAACAACAACCUGUUCCUAUGCCAACCUUGUAAGAUACCAUUUUGACACAUUCAAAUUUGUCGAAAGACUAGAACAACAAAACUUUACAAGGCAGCAGAGUGAGGCUAUUAUGGCUUGCUUACGUAAAAUCAUGAACGAAAGCCUGACAGACAUGGCCAAACCAUUAGUAACAAAAUCAGAACAAGAAAAAAUUUUAUACAUGUAUAAAGUCGACUUUGCCAAGCUAAAAGCAGAAGUUCAAUUGUUGGAAAAGAACGAUUUUUCGACAAUGAAAUUAGAAAACGAGAGACUACAAGCACAAGUUGAGAAGUUGAAGCAAAAACUAAAGGAUGAAAUAAGCAAAUCACAAGCGAGUGUGCGAUUAGAUCUUAAUUUAGAGAAGGGACGUCUUCGCGAUGAAUCGAGUGCGCAAGAGAUUAGAAUGAAAGAAACUGUAACCAGAAUCGAAAGCGAAAUAGCUGGGUUAAGAACUCAAAUGGAAGCAACUAAAUUCCAGAUCCUGCAAUAUCUCAUUGCAACAGUAACAGGUACAGGCGCCUUAUUCCUGGCUUAUUUGAGAAUGUUCCGGUAACGUUUAAGAGAUAUUUUAUUACAAUAAAAUUUUACCCAAUGAGCACACAGAUAACUACUUACCAAAAUUGGAGGUUCAAGGAAAAGUGUGAGGAGAAUUGAAAAACUUUAGCG